AUGAAGCUGUUGCCAUGCCUUCUUGUGGCUCUCACUCAAGGAGCAGAUCCUUUUGAUCCUGCUUAUUCUUCUUCAGGAGAAGAACCUACAAGACCAGCGAACAUUCAUGAGAACCAGCCGCCCCUUCAACAGGGCGACAUUACUCUCUCAUCAGACUCUUCAGAUUACAACGACGAGUACUCAAGCGAUCUCUCUCAACAAGAAACAACUGCUGUUCCAGUUCCAUUAGUCGUUACAGAAGAGCCGGUACUUGACGAAGAAUCAGGAGCCCCAUCUGAACCAGCGCCAGCACCAGUGGAACCUCAACCAGUAGUUAUCGACCCAACGGUUGUCAGGAAUCCAGAGCCUGCUUCCGUUACCGAGGAAGAAGACAAUGCUCCUGUUGAUGUAGCUGCAGCUGUUGAUGGUGAUGCUGGAGAGUCUCAAGUGGUCGACAACUCCGCUCCCGUAGAAGAGCCUGCCACGGAGGAAGAUCUCGUUUCUGCUCCAAGCGUUGCCGAAGAGCCUGAAACAUCCGUUGAUACUGCUCUUCCUUCGAAGAAAGAAGCAAAUGAUGACGACAAAAAGGGACCCAGACCGAGUCCCAAGCAAAAUCUUCCAGAAACUCCUGAUCUAGUUAUUGCCGUCGACAUCGCAUCUCUUGACGAAUCCAAGUCUACUCAACUCCGUGACUUUGUCAAAGAUAUCGUCAGCCGAUUGAAUCAGGACUACAAAAUUGGUGGCUGUUUAGAUGAGCUGAGAAUUGGUAUCUUUGAGCACGAUAGCGAUCAUGUCAAUAUUCUUGUUCGCGGCAGCGACUACAAUACUUUCCUCGGAACAAGAAAGAGUUGCAUGGAAGCUGAUUCAGACCCCGACUUUAUUGCAAACGAUCUUCUUUCAAGCUUUGAUGAAAACUGGGUUCUUCGACCCGUCGAACAGAAGCAUGAGCAUGUCGCCGAACAUGGUGGUGAGCACGAUAAUGAAACCGAAGAAAACCAGGCUACUCAUAUGUUCCUUCACUCCAAGGCUAUGCUUGACUCCUGGAAGAAUGAGCGAAAAGGACAAGUCUGGAGAAGGCUUCACAGAUGGAACUUCAGCACCCGAAAAGUUAUUGUCUUUGUGCACGACGCUGAAGAUUCAGCAGAGUUCUACAAGGGGUUGGGAAUUCAAGGCAAAGAACUUGGAUACGAGAUUAUUCCUGUUGCCAUCAGUGAUGAUAUGGAUGCUAAAACAAAGCUUCAUCAAAUGGCACUGAAGACUCAACGAUCUGGUCCACUACCUGCUAUUACUCUUGACAUUGGAAUGGAAGAAUCCGCCCGCGUUAUUUCUCAGUAUCUUUCGAGCACUGCAGUUUCAAAGCCAUACACUGCUCCACUUCCAAGCGAAUAA